CUAACUCAGAAAGUCCACCAAGCAACCCAACUCUCAACCCAGCUCCUGACCAUGGCCUGCUGCUCCACUAGCUUCUGUGGAUUUCCCACCUGCUCCACCAGUGGGAACUGUGGCUCCAGCUGCUGCCAGCCCAGCUAUUGCCAGACCAGCUGCUACCAGCCCAGCUGCUACGAGCCCAGCUGCGGUGGGACCAGCUGUGGCACUGGUGGUGGCCAGGAGGGUGGCUACGGAGCUGUGAGCUGCCGAGUCAGGUGGUGCCGCCCUGACUGCCGCGUGGAGGACACCUGCCUGCCCCCCUGCUGUGUGGUGAGCUGCACACCCCCAACCUGCUGCCAGCUGCACCACGCCCAGGCCUCCUGCUGCCGCCCAUCCUACUGCGGACAGUCCUGCUGCCGCCCAGCCUGCUGCUGCUACUGCUGCCAGCCCAGCUGUUGUGAGCCCACCUUCAAGGCUUAUAAAAGGCCCAACACGGAAGUCACCACCAAAACUCAAAAACUUCUCUUAGCAACCCAACUCUCAGCCCAGCUCCUGACCAUGGCCUGCUGCUCCACAAGCUUCUGUGGAUUUCCCACCUGCUCCACCAGUGGGAACUGUGGCUCCAGCUGCUGCCAGCGCAGCUGCUACGAGCCCAGCUGCGGUGGGACCAGCUGUGGCACUGGUGGUGGCCAGGAGGGUGGCUACGGAGCUGUGAGCUGCCGAGUCAGGUGGUGCCGCCCUGACUGCCGCGUGGAGGACACCUGCCUGCCCCCCUGCUGUGUGGUGAGCUGCACACCCCCAACCUGCUGCCAGCUGCACCACGCCCAGGCCUCCUGCUGCCGCCCAUCCUACUGCGGACAGUCCUGCUGCCGCCCAGCCUGCUGCUGCUACUGCUGCCAGCCCAGCUGUUGUGAGCCCAUCUGCUGUAAGCCAGGCUGCUGAUUUUGAAGUUUCAGCUUCCAAAUCAAUUCAUGAACUAAUUAGCUCUUCCAUCAUCCAUGG